AUGGAGAAUCUGGACGUAUCUAUACAAAAUGAACAGGAGUUGGAUUCAUGGGAGGAGAAAGAGCUAUAUAUGACUGAAAUGUUGCAUAGCUUAACUCUAAAAGUUAAAGUAAAGAAGACAGAGGCCAAACUUUAUCGGAAGAGGGAGCUUGAACUUCAGCAAUACUUGUCAAAUAGUCGGUGUGAAGACCUAACACAGUCUGAAUGGCAGCUUUCUCUGGUAAAAUUGAUGAAGCUGCGCCAAAAAAAUGAACAGAUAUGUCAAGAGAUCAAUUGGUAUCAGGGUCAAAUAGAAACAUGGAAGGCAGAAUUAUCAGAUUUAAGGCUCCAAAAAUUAAAAUCCCGGAGUAUUUUUUGUUGGCUUAGACAACUUUCUGAUAAAUCGCCUUUUGCUUGCCGGAGAUAUCGUUCACAUACUGAGGCAUGUUCAUCAAUACGUUUUUUUUUACUCUAA